GGCCGACGCUUGCGCACACCGCUCUGAGGUCCCUGCCCUCCUACGCCGCGCCCGCGCAUGACAUUCUCCUUCGAAUUCCAAAAGCAAAAAAAGUGAAUCCAACAUAAAACUCCUUCGAAAACAAAUAGAAUACUUCAACAACUAUGUUUAUUUUUAAUCGUUUUCUGUGUGAUCAGUGAAAAGUUUUCAAGCGUGGAGGUUUAUGUUCAGUGGGUUUUUAAACGUGCUGUGGAAGUUUGUGUGAAUUACUAAAGAAGAAAACGCUCUUACAAAGUUAAGGCAACGGCAUUAAAGGAUCCACUGUGAAGCUUCGCGAUAAGUCAACAGACCAUCAUGUGGCUGCUACUUCUUCUCUUCAUGGUGCCAGUACUAUGUCAGCAGCAAUGGGUUCCGUGUUACGAGCUCAACGAUGACCUACGGUACCCCUGUCGAUGCCGGGUGCAAGUGGACCGGAGCCUACAGCUCAGGAUCUUGAUGAACUGCGACCGAGUGGUCUUCCCCGGUGACUACCCUACCUUGCCUUAUGGAGCACCCAUCAUAGCCUUCAGCCAGAGAUGGUCUGGACAACAGAUUUUACCGACGCAGAUCUUCGCAUCAUAUGGAUUACCACUGAAAGAAUUGGAUUUCUCACACAACAGCCUGCGUAGACUGCCUGACAGGCUCUUGGCGGGAGUUAGAGGAAACAUCUCCCGCUUGAUUCUCUCUGACAACCUCUUAGGAGACAACUUGAACCCAAUAUUCUCUACCGCCGAAUUUCACAACCUACCAGCCUUAGAGGAGUUAGAUCUUAGCGGUAACGGCAUCAGAGGCGUUGAGGAGGGACUGCUAAUUGGUUGCGAUGUACUUAAGGUAUUGCGUCUCGACCGCAAUAACAUCAACUCGGUGCCGUCCUCUUCCCUGAAUGGUCCGCAGUCUCUCAGGGUAAUCUCCUUAAGGGAGAAUAGAAUAGCUUCAAUACGUCAAGCUUCGUUCCUGUCCCAGAAAACUUUGGAGGAAAUCGACCUGCACGGAAACAUGAUAUCGAGCAUUGAGGGGGGAGCAUUUGUCGGUCUUAGCGACUUGCAAAUUCUCGAUCUCGGAAGGAAUCGCCUCUCAAAAUUCAAUAGCGACGUAUUCCAAGGCGUACAAAACUUGGAGAAAUUGGACCUCUCUGAGAACUUCAUCACGGAUUUCCCCACGGUCGCUAUGAAAUCGUUUGUGGCGCUCCGACACCUGAACCUUUCCAGUAACAUGAUCACGAACAUCGACAAUAGUCACCUGAGCUCUUUAGUAUCGCUACAAGUAUUGGACCUCAGCAGAAACAAUUUGAUCAAACUCUCUCCUGGAACUUUCGUAGGCCUCACCGAACUAAUUUACCUUGAAAUCGGCGUUAAUUCUCUCCGCACUGUGGAGGAUGACGCAUUCGAUGGGCUCACGAAUCUUCAAACGUUGCUGCUUCGUGACAACAACAUUCUUCUUAUUCCUGCUACAGCACUUUCUCGGCUACCAAACUUAGUUUCAGUGCAUUUAGGAUUUAAUAGAGUCACAGCUCUAUCUAGUGAUAUUCUCAGGGCAGUGUCUGACAGAGUCACAUCCCUAGUUUUAUCCCGUAAUGUGAUUAGAGAACUGCCAGCUGCAGCUUUUGAUCACUUUAAAAUGUUACAACACUUAGACUUGUCAGGAAAUCUGUUGAAUUUCAUUUCAGCCGAGGUGUUCUCGGGUUUAGAAUCUUCGCUACAAUUUCUGUCUUUGAGCCAAAAUAGAAUUCUAGGAUUUUCUGGUGAACAGCUUAAGUUCGUAAGCCUGUGGUUUUUAGAUAUAUCUGACAACCAACUGUCUGAAAUUCCUGUUAAUGUCUUCGAAUUCAUUCCUAGUUUAACUCAUUUAAAUUUAAGUCAUAAUGGCCCGAUUAAUGUAUUACCGCAAAAUGUAUUUAAUCACAAUCAAGCGUUGUUAAACGUUGACAUAAGCUACGUUGGAUUGAAAGCACUUCCAGUUAAUUUAUUCAUGAAGACUCCCAACUUGAAACAAAUUAAUUUAUCAAAUAACCUCUUACAGGAAAUAUCUGAAAACACAUUUAAAAAUUUAAGAAACUUGACCCAUCUCGAUUUAUCGUAUAACAAUAUAGUAAAUAUAAGAACACCAGCUUUUGUUAAUGUGAUGUCUAUUCAGUACUUGUCCUUAAAGGGAAAUCAAUUGAAUGCAUUCAAGGGUGAAUUCUUCAACACUGGCACAAGUUUGGAAGUUUUAGACCUCUCCGAAAAUCAGUUGAGUUAUUUAUUCCCGUCUUCAUUCAAAAUACACCCUCGUUUGCGAGAAAUUAUACUCACCGACAAUGAAUUUAAUUUCUUCCCGUCCGAACUUAUUAGCACUUUGCAAUAUUUAGAAUUAGUAGAUUUGUCUGGAAAUGCUUUGAAAAACGUAGAUGAACUCGACUUUGCUCGUCUUCCUAAACUAAGGACUAUUCUGCUGUCACGAAAUGAAAUCGAGACAAUAAGUGAAAUGGCUUUUCACAACUCUACGCAAAUUCAAUAUUUAGAUAUUUCAGACAAUAAGAUCGAUCGGCUUGGUGACAGACUUUUUGAAGGCCUGGUUAGAUUGGAGCUUCUUAAUUUAGCUGGUAACUCGCUUACGGAAUUGCCGGAUAACAUUUUUGAUCGUUCACGUCUGCAUAUGCUAGAAAAGAUAGUUUUGAGUCGAAAUUUGUUUGAACAUGCGCCUUUAAAAGCUUUACAGAAGCAAUAUUUCUUUGUGUCUUCUGUAGACUUGUCAUAUAAUAAUAUUAUUGAUAUUCCAGCUGAAGACAGCGUAAUGGUUAAUAUAAAAAAAUUAGACCUCUCAUUUAAUCCACUAUCGGAAAAAACUAUCAGUAACGUUCUUACAGAACCAAAGACAGUACGAGAAUUAAAUCUUGCAGGCGCAGGAAUUAAAUCAGUAGGGCAAUUAGAAACUCCUUUCUUGUAUAGUUUGAAUCUUUCCUAUAAUAAUAUAACUAACUUAUCUGAAAAGUCCUUUGUAAGAACAACUUUGCUAGAGUCACUAGAUCUCUCCCACAAUGAAAUCAAAGAUGUUGCUGGAGCACUUUCUAUAUCGUGGCCCAAGCUUAAAAACUUGCAGUUAUUGAAUAUAUCUCAUAAUCCAAUACUUAUGGUCAUGGAAGGAAAUUUUGAAGGGCUUUCAUCUCUGAGAGUUCUCGAUAUGAGGCAUUUGGAUAAAUGUAGCAGAAUAGAAAAGAACGCUUUUCGUUCACUACCAAACUUAGUCGAAUUAAGGGCCUAUGGGUAUCCAAGAUUAGGUUAUUUUGAUGUGCAAGGUAUAUUGCAAUAUGUAUUGGCUUUGGAAAAAUUAGAUGUGGAGGUAAAAGAUAACAGUAUUGGUGCUGAUCAGUUACAUUCGACAUUGCAUCCUCGUCUUGAGGAACUCGGUAUACGAGGACCCCGCUUAAAAUCCGUGUCUUCUGGAGUUUUGGCGGGAUUGAAGGCACCAGCUAUAACUGUUCGUUUCCGUAAUACAUCUAUGUCUAGCUUACCACCAGCGAUUCUUUUUCCUUUGCCAAGAUCAUCACAAAUAACUAUCGAUGUAGCAGGAAGCCAGUUGAGCACUUUACAACCUGCUCUUCUGGUGGCUCUUGAUGAUCGCCGAGCUGAUUUAUCAAUGUUUGGUUUGGAAACGAAUCCAAUAAAAUGUGAUUGUAAUGCACGAGCUUUACGAAGAUGGCUACCUAAUGUCGGCAUUGACAAUGUCCGUUGUGACUCUCCAGAUCAUCUAUCAGGGUUCCUGUUGGUUGAAAUAGGAGACGAUGAGUUAUCGUGUGAUACGAGGAAAAGAACCACACUUACAUCUUCAUCCUCUAGUGUUGUCACUACAACGGCAGCUCCACGACUCGUCCAUCGGACGUCCGCUGAGCCCGACAUAAUCUGGUCAGUCGCUCCAUCUCACGAUCGACCGAAAGUUGCUGGAGAACCAAAAGGCGCACCAGUAGUUGGUAUUGCGUCCUCGACGAAUGACGAUAAUCUUAUUAUUGGUAUUGUUGGCGGUGUGGUGGCGUUUAUAGCAAUCUUGAUCAUAGUUAUUUGCGUAGUUCGAUUGCGGAUGACUACAACUUCAUACAGGGGCGGUCCUUUGGCUAGUAGUCCUGCUACUGCGGCGCCCUUAUGGGGAGCCGCCUGGCCUGGCUAUGCUGGCACCCUGCCUCCUGCAUCGUUAUCUACAGCCACAUUGCCACAUAAGAUACAGUCUGGUCCAGGUUCAGUGCGAUAUUUAGCACCACCCCCGCCAGCACCCUAUUUUAUUAGUAUGCCACCGCACGACGAUAAAAUAUAUCGGUAGAACGUCUUUAGUAUUAUAAAGACUAUGUUAAGGUUAGUUAUAUUUUGGAAUAUGCCAUUUUCUGUAAAUAUUGAAACUUCACGAAGAAUUUAUCAUAUCAGUUAAUAAUUCUGUUUAUGUCUUGUAUGGAGACUUUGAACGCG